UUUCCUCCAUUGUUUUAGGUCAGCUCUUAAAGCAACUCAAUCACCCACCACCCACCAGAAAGCCAACAACAUCUCAUUUCUUUCUACUACAACAAAAUAUCAACUUCCAAACUAUGAUCCUUAGAAGUGCUUCCACUCCCCUUCUCAAUUCAUGGUUACACCAUUCAAGAGAUUCCUCCUUAGAGCCUGAGAUUGUUCAUCAAAUCCCCAAAUCGCGUUCCAUUCUCCUCUCUGGCUCUCCCAGUUGUUUAUCUCCCAUAAUCGAUGAUUCCCCUCGGAGGAUUACUCGAACGCUUUCCGAGACGGAUCUUAAGGACCUCUCUAUGGCUAAGAUGAAACCCUUUAGCAGGACGCUUAGUGGGUUUUCUGAAAUGGCCGAAGAAACUCAUGGCGUAGGGUUUAGCUGCUCCAAAACCGCCUCUUUGAGCUGUGGGUCGAUUUCUGAAACUGGGGAGGAUGGUGGGUUUGUUAGUGUUUUGGUUGGUGGUGGAGUUGGUGGUAGUGGUGGAAGGAUUCAUGGUGGUGGAGGAUCUGAUGGUGGCGAUGAUUGGAGUUUUGGGUUUGGAGAUUCGAAUCGUGGGAAUGAGAGUACGGAUUUGUAUUAUCAAAAAAUGAUUGAGGCAAAUCCUGGGAAUUCAAUGCUUUUAAGCAAUUAUGCUCGUUUCUUGAAAGAGGUACGUGGGGAUCUUGUGAAAGCUCAGGAGUAUUGUGGGAGAGCAAUUUUGAACAAUCCGGAGGAUGGUAACGUCUUGUCCAUGUACGCUGAUCUGAUAUGGGAAACCCAAAAGGACUCUCCAAGAGCUGAGAGUUAUUUUAAUCAAGCUGUUAAGGCUGCCCCUGAAGAUUGUUAUGUUUUAGCUUCUUAUGCACGGUUCCUUUGGGAUGCUGAAGAAGAAGAAGAAGAAGAAGAAGAAGAGGAAGUGGGGGAAGAAAACUUUAGAGAAAAACCAGCAACGAGCUUCUUCCAAGGAGUACAAUCCCCACCCCCUCUUGCUGCUGCUUCUUAGUUCUUAGACUUCUCCUGGCUUCAUAUCUUUUGUAUCAUACCUUCAGAGAUAACAUCUCUUAACCCUGUUUAUAUUUCCCCUCUUGGCCUUAGUAUUAGUGUUCUUUUUUGUGCAGUAGUGAGUUGUAUCGUCCAAAGAUAUUGAAUUUCUCCCUACGGAAUGAAAGUUGUAUAAAGAAAAUAAGUUAUAAGAUAUAUUUUAGCUUUAUGUUUAGAGAACACUCUUUUUGUGUCUC